CCCCUCACUUUCAAAAUUCACGACUUUUCCCUUUNGUUGGUUUUCUUGAAAUCGAAACACACUAAUGUCCGAGGGUUGCUUGCCGAGCGUGCUUCGCCGAGUCCUCUGCUUUGGGAGUCUCCCGACUUGCGCCCUCGACUGUUUGGAAAAGGUCGAAAAUGAAAAGUUGGAUAGCUCGUUUGAUCCCAGCUCUUGUGGGCCCACACCUGGGCUCGUGGCUCGACUCAUGGGAUUGGAGUCUCUUCCGCUAGUCGAGCGAAGCUCAUCCGGAAAUUCCCGGGAUUCGUGUUGUGGUUUGGGGAUUCCGAUUACUUACCAAGAGGAUGAAGAUGAAGAAUUCUAUAUUUUCAGCUUCGAGUACCCGAGGAAGAGGAACAAGAAGAAGAAGAAAAGGAGAGUUAGUGGAAAUAAAGAUGAUUUUUGUCGAGAAAGUGGGAGAAAAAAAGAGGCGACAAAAACCGAGUAUGGAACAGAGGAUGGUUCGGAGAAUUCGAGCCCGAAUUCUGUUCUCGAGUUUGUGGAGUUCCAGGCUGAUGAUGAUCGACAAGCUUCUUGUUCAGGGGAUGAUGAUUCAAGAAUGUCGAAUUUAAGGAUGAGAAGGACACUGUCUGAGGAGCUCGAGAGAUGCGAAAAAUCCGGGAAAAAGUUGGCGGUUGGCGAAGAGAAGUUGAGGAACAGAUAUGAGAUUAGUGUUUGUGGAGGAAAAUGGAAAGAGAUUAUUGGGGAAGAGGUGAUAAAAAUGAGGUGGGUAGGAGAUGAAAUACUUAGAAAUAAGGAGCAUAUGAAGGAGAUUGGUAGAGAUCUUUCAUGUGAAAUUCUUGAUCAGCUUUUGGAUGAUCUGCUUAUUAGUUUAGUAGUAGCUUGAAUGAUUCUUCACAGUUUGUGUAUUAGUUUUGUUUUAAACCUCUCAGUGUAAACCUUUCUCCAAGGUUUAUUAUAGAAAUAACAAAAUCAAUACUACUACCACUACAAUGAAAUUCCCUACUCAUGUACAAAUUAUCAUGAAUAAUUAGAAUAUAGGGAAAUACUACGGUCCCGUUACGGUCCCAUCCCGUCAAGUGUUUAAACCGUUGGAUUAUCUAUCUUAUACAAAC